AUGUUUUUUUCAAACCAUCAUCCCACAAGAAUGACAUGUGGGUUUAAGGUGAGCACCAAUUCACCAGGAUGGCACAAGAGCAUGGCGAAAAUCCUCAAGAAAAUCAAAGGAGGGGAUUUCGCCAUAGAUGUGGAAGAAGGAGUGGCGUAUGUGUCCGGAGAAGGGGACAUUGAAAAGCUGCUGAAACUGAUGGGUUCGAACACGGACAAAGGCACGGAGAUGGCGUUCGUGAAAACGGGAUCAUGGCUCGAACCAUGUGAUCCUAACUUUUACGGCAGCAACUAUGGUUACUUCUCUCAUGGACUGCCCUUAUCUGGUUACUGGCAACCAAACAUGGCUUACCCUACGACUUACCCUUGCCAUCAUCAUCAUCAUCAUCAUCAUACGUAUUCUGGACAUUGUAACUGUGGUUACUACUACUAUUAG